UAGUGACUGCGGGGUCCGGGGAGAGCGGAUAUAGUGAAUGCGGGGUCCGGGGAGAGCGGAUAUAGUGAAUGCGGGGUCCGGGGAGAGCGGAUAUAGUGAAUGCGGGGUCCGGGGAGAGCGGAUAUAGUGACUGCGGGGUCCGGGGAGAGCGGAUAUAGUGAAUGCGGGGUCCGGGGAGAGCGGAUAUAGUGAAUGCGGGGUCCGGGGAGAGCGGACAUAGUGAAUGCGGGGUCCGGGGAGAGAGGGGGAGAGCGGAUAUAGUGAAUGCGGGGUACGGGGAGAGCGGAUAUAGUGAAUGCGGGGUCCGGGGAGAGCGGAUAUAGUGAAUGCGGGGUCCGGGGAGAGCGGAUAUAGUGAAUGCGGGGUCCGGGGAGAGCGGAUAUAGUGAAUGCGGGGUCCGG